AUGGCUGGAGAAAAAAGACGACGGAAGAAGGUGAGAACAAACGACGCUUCAUGGUCAUCGUCGUCUGAAGAUGAGAUGGAAAUUGAUAAUUCCAAGGAGAUAGUACAGCGUGAAGACGAAAUUAGCGAGCUGUCUGACUCUGAUUUCUCUCAGCCGUCUGAUGAAGAGCCUUCACAUCAAGAGGAGAACCCGAGAACUCUGAUCCAUAAGGCUCCCGCGGCACCAGCCUCUGAAGAUUUCAACCAGUUUCUUUUGAAUAUGGUCACUUCAGAAUUCGGCGAUGACUUGGAAGCCCUUCGCAAAGCCAACGACUUCGGGCCAGGAUCUAUUGAGCUGCUGAUCUCUGGUCUUAAACAGGGCGUGAAUAUUUUCUCUCCUGAACAAAGAAAAAUGCUUUUGGCAGACAAAUAA